AUGGUCGGUCCCUUGGAUUACGAUCGAUUCGUCGACUAUAUGCGCUCGGUCGGCAAGAGACACAACAAACGAGUUUCCAGAGUCUUAUUCAAUGAUCCUCCACCCGAUUAUUGGACCGGUGCUCGACUCUAUCGCCUUCAAGAAACGGUUCGAUAUGUCAUCUUCGGCCCAUGGAACUGGCGAGCCAUUGAACGGAUCUUAAUUAUCCACAUCUUCACGGACGAUUGGUUGGAAUCUCUUAACUGGGACUUGCACGAUCCUCUUCCUCCGAUUCUCCAUGACGUCUGGGAUUAUCAGUGGCACGAUCACCCCGAUGAUCAACUUGGAUGGCCCGGAUCUCUCAAGAUCUACAUGGCGCGGCAUGGUCAUCCCAUUGACCAAUGGGAGAUACCGCUCCGCGACGAAGAUCCGAUCGCGAUAGAUGCCGCGGCGCGGUCCUUCGUGAACCAAUGGCUUGCCGACUCUCGCCUCUUCACCGAGGAUCAAAACACUACCGGUUCACUUACUCCUAGUCGGUCCAUGUCUCCUUCUCAGUCUAAGUCGACGGCUGCAAAACGAUCGGAGACCGAUGAGAAGAAACUGACGAAGCUGGGGAUUGAAGAGGCCAAGGUUCUGCCUCGGAACGGAGUCGAUCCCGAACUGAACCCAGAGUAUCUUAGCGAUGGGAUACUAUUCAAGGCCGAGCUUCGCUGUGCGAAGUGCCUUAAGAGCCGCGGGAAAACUACCAUCGCGUGCUACGUCAAGGACGGCUUGACGGCUUGCGCUGAGUGCAAUCGAAAGCGCGUUGGAUGUAGCUUCGUCCAAGACAAGCCGUCCAAGGCGAAGAGAAUUCAGGCUAGAUCGGCUUCUCCUGAAGUCGGGAUGGCUGAAGAUAACGACUUCGAGGAGUGGGACGGGAUAGAAGAUGAAGUCGAUCCGGAUGGUCGAUCGUCUUUGGACGCGGACGUGGACAUGAAGUCCGGCUCCGAUGACUCGGAGUCGCCUGAAGUACUCGACUCUGAUUCCGAGAGUGAGAAGGACGAGAUCGACGACGAAGACCAGGGGUCCGAGGAUGAAGAUGACAACGAAGAUGAAGAGGAAGAGGUCGAGGACGACGAGCAGCCAAGUCGUAAGGGGCCUAGGUUCUCGCCAGAAAUCGAGCUUCCUAGCGCCCUGGCCCAUUCCUCUCCCCUGGUUGGGUUAACCGGCCUGUCUUCAAACCUCGGUCCUCCGUCGACAGAGGUUUCAAGCUUUCCGUCGCCUCUGUCCUCCGCUCCUCGGCCGAUUGAGGCAGGACCAGGACCUUCCUCCGCGCUAGGCCACAUGCAGCGUGUCAUCGACUCUCAAGGUCGUACCUUGACCGAUCAAGCCGGUCUGAUCGCUGCUCUCCAACUUGAACUGGAGCAGCAGCGGUCUGCUUACGCGUCGCUUCAAGCUCACGCAACCUCAUUGGAGUCCCAGAAUCGAUUGCUCCAAGGUCAACUCGCUUCAGGUUCUUCAACGGGUAAGAAGGCUAGUGGAAAAGGAAAAGAUCGCGCAUUGUAG